UUCUGCCUUCUGUCAGUUCUGUGCUCCAAAAACACACAGCAAUAAGCUGCAGCCUGCAGGGUGUAUUAUCAGAUCACCCAGAAACAAAGAUGGCUUCUUUAAGCCUUGCUCUAAACUUUGCAACACUAAACUCACCAAUUAUUCUAAGAGGGCAUCAUAGAAACUCAUUCCAUGAGUUCCCAAAAUCAUUGUCUCAUUUCUCACAUCAUAAACUCAAGCAUGAUCAUCUUCAUAUAUGCAAGGCUGCUGCUUCAUCUUCAUCAUCGUCGUCGUCGAUAACAGAAUAUGAUCUGUAUGAUCUAUUGGGGAUAGACAGUAGCAGUGAUCAAGGUCAGAUAAAAAGAGCAUAUAGAUCUCUUCAGAAGAGAUGUCAUCCUGAUAUUGCAGGAUUAGCAGGGCAUGACAUGGCUAUUAUCCUUAAUGAAGCUUAUGCUAUUCUUUCUGAUCCCAUUUCUCGUUAUGUCUAUGAUAAGGAACAAGCCAAGCUGACAGAGUUGAAAGGCUAUACAGGCAGGCCAAUGUACUCAGUAUGGCAAGGAUCAGAAACUGAAGAAAGAGCAGUGUUUGUUGAUGAGGUUAGAUGUGUUGGCUGCUUAAAAUGUGCAUUGUUUGCUGAUAAGACGUUCGCUAUCGAGUCUACCUAUGGAAGGGCUCGUGUUGUGGCUCAGUGGGCUGAUCCUGAAGACAAAAUUCAAGCAUCCAUAGAUGUUUGUCCUGUCAGUUGCAUCUCGAUGGUAGAAAGAUCAGACCUUGCAGCAUUGGAAUUCAUCAUGUCAAAGCAGCCACGAGGGAAGGUCAGGAUAGGAGCAGGCACUACAGGCGGUGUACGAACUUUCGAUGUAUUUUCUGAACUUAAAGUCUUCCACAAGCGAUUAGAUGAAGCAGUAACCAGAAAAUCAAAUCAAGAUUCUAAGUUCUCUGAACCUCAAACUGAUACAAGAACAUCAGCAAUACAAACCAUCAGGUCAAUCUCGAACUGGCUGUACUGGAAAUUACCUGCUUCAAAUCAUACUUCCUCAAACUUAGCAUUAAUGAGAACCAACAAAUUUAUCGAGCCUGACAUCAACAAACUCAGAGACGCGGCAACAGCAGCUAAGAAACUUCUCCGUAAAGCAACAUCAAACGAAGAAUAUUGGGCUCCAACGACCCCUGUACUUCCAAAGAAAACAGUUGAGAUCAAGUCAUCUUCCAACACAAAAAGCGAAACACCAUUACCAUCUGGUAAGGAUAUUUGGGGCAAUAAGAAAAGAAAAAACAGGACACAGGGCAAUCGAUAUGUUACAGGCAUUCCAAUAUUGUUGGGUGUGGCAGCCGCGAUUACAGUUGGAUCACACGGCACAGGAGAGGCAGUUGGAGGGUUGGACGGGCAUAUAUAUGGUUCUUCCAUGCUGCAGAUAGUAAACAGUUUUGAGUUACAGGUUAUACUUGCUGGAGUUACUUGGUAUCUUAUCGGAGCCUAUGCUGUCCAGAUAGUGGCGAGUCUGGUUAGGAGAGAUAAAAUGUAAUGAGGUCUUCAUCUGCCUAUGUUUAACCUCCAAAAUUUCAGUAGGAAAGGUACAUUUGUAAAGAAAAUAUAUACAUAGGGUACAUCAAUAGUUAAGCUAAGUAAAAGUUGCAGAGAUACUUGUUUAAACAUGAAUGACUUCUACUAAAUAUGAUACAACAUACAUAUAAUUAAGAUAACUGUAGAAACUGAGCUUCUGCUAUAAUUCCUAAAGAUUUUACCAGGAAGGGAGGCAAAAUUGAGCUGUUUAGCA